AACCCAAGUAGCUAAUUAAUUGACAUUCAUUCUGCGCAUGCGUGUAAAAUUUAAACAAUGGACAAACGGAGUCUCGGCGAAUCGUCAAUACAAGAGCUUGUGAAGGCCUGCCAAGACGCGAAGCUUCACGCCUACUGCCCCUACAGUCAUUUCCGAGUCGGAGCAGCUCUCCUAACAGACGACGAUCGCCUAUUCACGGGCUGCAACGUCGAGAACUCGAGCUACGGAUUGUCGAUCUGUGCCGAGCGAACGGCCAUAGUAAAGGCCGUCAGUGAAGGCUGCAGGAAAUUCAAAGCGAUCGCCGUCGCGUGCGACAUGAGGGAGAAAACGGUGACGCCAUGUGGAGCCUGUCGACAAUUUCUGUCAGAAUUUGGAUCGGACUGGACGGUCGUACUGACUAAGCCUGACUUGUCAUACACUUGUCUGUCUGUCAGUGACCUCCUUCCUCAUCACUUCAGCGCGAAAGACCUAGAGGCUGAGCGAGUCUAGUUUGUGUACUGUGUACAUACACUUGUCAUUGAUAUAAAUUGAAAAAUGCGAAUACUGAA